AAAUAUCAAUAUGUCGAUCAAAAUUUAAUAUCAUUGUGUUUGAAAGUCAAUUUUUAGAAAAUAAUAGUAAAACUUUUGGUCCUUUUGUUUGUUUGUUUUGUUUUUGAUGUUUUAUUCUUGUCAUAAUUGUUGGGCAGCAUUCUCCUCCUCCCAUUCACGGUUCUCGUGGCCCACCUCUAUCCUUCUUCUCCUUCUUUCCUCUUCAUUUCUUUAUCCUCUUCGAUCAAAUUUGAUGUAAUAGUAGAUAUAAUUAACAUGAUACAAAAUAGUUUUUCUUUAAUUCUGAUUAUGACUUUGGCCUUUAUUUUUCUAGGAUUUUUAGUAAUUGUACCUUGUGGUGAAGUAGGAUUGAAGUUGGGAAAUAUGGCGAUGGCAUUGACGAUUAUUGAAGAUGAAGAUUCUAUGGCUCUUUUACCAUUUGGAGGAUCGGCCUUUAGUGUUGGACGCUUCAUCGGACUUCCUCAAUGCGGUGGCCCUCGCCGGACAGAUUCACCAGAUGAUCAAGACUCGCCUCAAGACUUCGUCGAUGCCCACAACGUAGCUCGUGCACAAGUCAGCGUUGAACCACUUGAGUGGGACAGAAUAGUAGCAGGUUUUGCUCAACAAUACGCGAACCAACGCAUCAACGACUGUAGGCUAGUGCACUCUGGCGGAUCUUACGGGGAGAAUAUUGCAUGGUCCAAUGCAGACUUAUCAGGCAAAGCUGCAGUUCAGUUGUGGGUGAAUGAGAAGCCAUUCUACGAUUAUGACACCAAUACAUGUGCGCCUGGCAAGUUGUGUGGUCAUUACACUCAAGUAGUGUGGAGGAAUUAAGUGAAAAUUGGAUGUGCCAAAGUGAAAUGCACAAAUGCUAUUGGUGGCACAUUCAUCGUUUGCAACUAGAUCCCCUGGCAAUAUCAUAUUCCGAAAGCCAUAUUGAGAUAUGUAGGGUUUAAUUAUCUAGCGAAAAUAAGAUCAAUAUUUUUUUUGAACAGAAACAACGCCGUUCAGGGGAAGACUGUCCAAGGCAGCCUAAUUCUGAACAGGACAUCAAUAUGAUUGAUAUAAUAAAGAAGAACAAAGGCUAGAGAGAAGCUUCUAGUUCUAAGUAUAGAAAGCAUUGAGAUUAUUCAGUGCUAUUGAUACACAGGAGAGUAGUUUUUGAAGACAUUGUCUCUACUACACCACAAUCCUAUACGGUUCCUCCAAUCUUCCUAUAAGCUCCAUUGAGAUUUAGGCAAAUAUUUACUAUCAAAAAUCAUCUUAUUCCUUUCUACCCAAAUACUCCACAAAAUAGCAACUACUCCGUUGUGAAUAAUCUGUCUCUCUUGCUGGUGCAAUUGAGGGAGCUGAUGAAGGAAAAGAUUUGGUCCAUGCUCGUCGUUGGAAUGGUAACAUUGAGGUCUCUUUGUAAAAAGUCCCAAAGGAAGCAUGCAGCGUUGCAAUGAAGGAAAAGAUGAUCUCCGAGUUCUCCACUAAAUUUACAUAGGAAUGCACCAAUUCAAUGGGUUGGUGGGGAAGUGCAUUCCUCUUCAAAUUUUCUCAACGGUAGCAAAUAUCAGUAAUGAUAUAUAAAUGUCUUCAAUGAUUACGGCAAAAGAGUCAUUUAAUUCAAUGAAUUCAUGUGUAUAAUUAUUUGUCAUGUACAUUACAUAAAUGAUUAGUAAUUAAAAGCAGAGUAAUAUAAUACUUUGUUGGCAGUUGCAUACAAAAA